AUGCAUAUUGAAUUUUUGCAUUAUAUCAUGCAAACAAAGUCUUUGCGUAAAGUUUUCAUUUCCGUAAAGGGAAUUUAUUAUCAAGCAGAAAUAAUGGGACAGCUUGUUACCUGGAUGAUUCCUCAUAAUUUAGGAUUUUCUCGACCAACAGAUGUUGAUUUUAAAAUCAUGGUUACAUUUGCACAAUUUUAUAGUACUAUGCUGGGGUUUGUAAAUUAUAAAUUGUAUCAUUCUAUAAAUUUGAUUUAUCCUCCAAAGCUUGCGAUUGAAAACCCUUCUGGUGAAGAUAUGCUUGAAGGAGAAGAGGAUGCUGUUGAGUUUGUUGCUGCACUUAACUUAUCCUUGAAAAAUUCAGUAGAAGAGUGUUCGGAAGAGGAUGCUCAGUUGGAUGAGUUUGAAGAAAGUGAAGACAAUGAUCAGUUGAAAGAGCAGAAAGCAUAUCAAGAGAACAUUAAGAAGUUACAAAAUCUCUUUUCUGGAUGUAAAAUUUUCUUGAAUCGUGAAGUACCUAGAGAGAGUCUUGUAUUUAUUAUUAGAUGUUUUGGUGGAGAAGUUUCCUUUGAUAAAACUGUCUUCGUUGGAGCUACUUUUGAUGAAUCUGAUGAGGCGAUUACUCACCAAAUAGUAGAUCGACCUUCGUUAACAAAACAAUACAUCAACAGAUACUAUGUUCAACCCCAGUGGAUAUUUGACAGUGUAAAUGCAAAAAUGUUGUUACCUGUUGAACUUUAUUUUCCUGGUGAAAUUCUGCCACCCCAUUUAUCACCAUUUGUGGAAGAAAAAGAAGGAGACUAUGUCCCUCCAGAAAAAAAAGCUUUGUUGGACUUUCAGAAAGGAAUAACUACUGGUUUACGAAGAACAGAAGAAAGUGAAGAUGAUGAAAAUGAUACUUCGGACAUUGAGGAAACUAAUUUUAAAGAUAGUACAAUUGUUGAAAAUAAUAAGCAAAAUGAUGUUGCUGCUGAUAAGAAAAAAAGAAAAACAAUAGAAGAUAGCACUGAAAAAAAGCGUGCAAAAAUGGAAGUUAAGGAAGGAGAGUUUGAAAGAGACAAUGCUGCCAAAAUUGCACAGAAAGAAGCUGCCGAGGAAAAACGUCUGGCAAUUAUGAUGAUGCCAAAGAAACACAAACAUCUGUAUGAUAAAAUUAUAUUUGGACAAAAACGGAAAAACAGAGAGGCUUUGAAAUUAAAAGAAAAGCGUGAAGAAAUUGAAAAGAAACAGAGGAAAAAGAAACGGAAACAAAUUGUUGCCAACUAAAUAUUUUAUACUAAAAUGUGUUACUUUUAAUGCAGUGAAAUAUAAUGUAUGUUAGUAGGCUUAUCUAAAACAGUGAAACCUCUCCAAAGCAAUCUUCUUGUUUCAGUAAAUAUCAGUCAAGUGGUUGCUUGCAAAUGGUUGGUAUUGUGAUUAAACCUGUGUAUAAGUGGGUUGAAAACAGAAUGUUGUUAAUAAAAUUCCUUUUGUUAAAAAACAGAGCAUAAAGUAUUUCUUUUAGUGAAAAAAAGUUUUCAGAAUUGCUGUUGGGGGAAAAGUUCCUAGAAUAUCUAACAUU